AUGGCAGCCACGACCGCGCUGCCCCCGGUGAAGAGCGUGGUGGUGUACAGAAACGGUGACCCUUUCUUUAGCGGUCGCCGGUUUGUGAUCAACCAACGGCAAGUGUCCACCAUGGAGGCUUUCCUCAACGAGGUGACCCACAAUAUCGGGGCCCCGCUGGCUGUCAGGACCUUGUACACCCCCAGACAGGGUCACAAGGUCGCCGACUUCCAGGACUUACGGACGGGGGCCCAGUAUGUCGCCGCGGGUUUUGAGAAGUUCAAGAAACUGGACUACAUCAAUACGGGGGUAAAAAAGCAGCCGGCAGCACGAGAAGAAACUCAGGCAAAAAUAAUGCAGAGGCCCAACGUGUCAGCCAAAUGGAGGAAAUUUGUUCCAGUCCCGUGUAUCAUACAUGUUUUUCGCAACGGGGACCUGCUGUGUCCCCCGUUCCGAUUCAUCAUUCCUCGCAGCAUGCAACGGGACCUGGAGCAGAUCCUCAGCCUGGUCACAGAAAAGGUCAGCUUACGGACCGGUGCUGUGCGAAGGUUGUGUUCUGUGGAGGGGGUCACGGUGACCUCGGCGGGGGAGCUGGAGACCGGACGCUGCUAUGUUGCCGUGGGAACGGAAAGGUUCAAGAAGCUUCCCUACGUGGAGCUGCUGGUCUCAAAAACCACAGAGAGGUAUUACCCAGGAAAGAGACAAACAAUGAAGAGAAAUGUGAACAGGAAGGAAGGAAGUGGUCCAGAAGACCAAUGCAGUGACUCUGCGCUGCUCAAUUCUCCAGAGUCAGACGGGCGGAGAGUGAAGUCAACAGGUUGUGAAGCUGCUCCACCACAGCAGGAGCAGCACACGUCAGACCCAACCACUGACCUGAGAGCGGACAACACAUCUGUGCUCUUCGCCAAGCCGGUCAGAACUCAUAAAGCGCGAGGAACCCCGAGACCACCCCACAGCAACGGACCCUUCUAUCGCGGAAUCUUCAAGCCGGGAGCACGGAGGAGGAGGAGGGAGGAGGUCAGAGGAGCUGAGGAGGUGCAGGAGGACGAGAAUACAGCCACGGAACUUCCUGUUGAUCAGAGAGUGGCAGAAAUAGUGGAGGACGAAGAGCUUAAUAUCACCUACGAUGCUCUGCCUGACACACUGAAGGAGGGUCUGAAAGGAGCACAGAACCACGAAGAAUGCCUCAUCAAAGAACUAUCAUAA